AUGGGUUUGAUUUCAUCUCCAACAACAGUUGAAGAAUCUCAUUACCAUACUCACAAGAUCUUCCUUUUCGCCAACUACAUGCUUCUCGGUGCGGCUUCGAGCUGUAUCUUCCUCACACUCUCUCUCCGUCUAAUCCCUUCGAUCUGCGGUUUCCUACUCAUCCUCCUCCACGCCACAACAAUCGCCGCCGCUAUCUCCGGCUGCACGGCCGCUUCAUGCGGAAGAAACCGGUGGUACGCUGCUCACAUGGUGACUACUGUUCUCACAGCUAUAUUCCAAGGAUCUGUCUCUGUUCUUAUCUUCACCAACACGUCGAAGUUUCUCGGGAGUCUCAAAUCGUAUGUGCGUGAGGAAGAUGCUGCUGUGAUCUUGAAACUUGGUGGUGGGCUUUGUAUUGUGAUCUUUUGUCUCGAUUGGGUUGUUCUUGUAUUGGGUUUCUUCUUGAAGUACUAUGCUUAUGUCGAUGGUGGUGAUAAUGGUGGUCGAGGCGUUGCGAUGAAGAGAACUGGUAAAGUACAGAGUGAGGAGAAUCCUAAGGAUUGGCCAUGGCCGUUCCAAGUUUGA